CGUCGGGAGUUGUAGGCGGAAGAGGGGCUGUGAGAGCGGCGGGAGGGACGGUUUAGGGGGUCCCCCCGACAUGGAGCUCCCCCAGCAGGUACCGCCCGACCGCACCGGGCCGGGUGCCAUGGAUGCCCUGCAUGAGGCCGGGAUCUGGGCAGCCCUGGCCCUGCAGGCUGGGCCGCCCUGGCUGGAGCAGUUCUGGGUCUACCUGACAUCCCACUUCGAUCCCAAAUCCAUCUACACCUUCUGCUUCCCGCUGGCCCACGGGCUGGAUGCCCGGGUGGGGCUCAUGGUGCUCUGGAUCGGGCUCGUGGCUGAGUGGCUCAACGUGGUCCUCAAAUGGUUCCUAUUUGGGGAACGCCCGUACUGGUGGAUCCAUGAGUCCGGGUUGUUCUCCCAGGAGGAGCUGGAGAAGUUCCCGCUGCGCCAGUUCCCGGUCACCUGCGAAACGGGACCAGGGAGCCCCUCAGGCCACUGCAUGAUCCCCGGGGCAGCCCUGUGGCCACUUGUCACCGCGCUGACAGCUGAGGUGGCCCGGAGCACCCGCAGCCGGGUGCUGAGACUGAUCCCUUUCCUUGCCUACACCCUCUUCCUGGUGGCCAUGGGGCUCUCCCGGAUCUUUGUCCUGGCCCACUUCCCCCACCAGGUGGUCACCGGCAUCCUGGCAGGCUCGGCGCUGGGCUGGGGGCUGCAGCGCUGCCCCCCCAACUUCCGUGUGUUCCGGUUCUUCGUGGCGGUGGCUGUGGUACUGAUGCUGAGUGCACUGGCCCUGCACAGCCUGGCUACGGCUGCUGGCAUCGACCUCGACUGGUCCCUCCGCCUGGCCAGCGCCUGGUGCUCGGACCCGGCGUGGCUGCGGCCGGACACGCGGCCCUUCGCCUCGCUGUGCCGGGUGGUGGGCAGUGCCCUGGGGCUGGCCCUGGCCGCCGAGACCCCCCCGCGCCGCCGGGACGAGGAGCAGCUCCUGGACGGCCGCCUGCGGGUGGCGAGCACGGCUCUGGCCCUGCUGGCCCUGCAGCUGGUGCACAGGCUGCCCAGGCCCUCGGACGCGGCCGCCCUGUACAGGCACGUGGUCGUGCACUACGCAGCCGGGCCCUUCCUGGUGGUCUCCGUCCUGCCCCGGUUCGUCAUCGCCCUCAGGAGCUUCCUGGAGCCCUCCCAAGUCCCCCCCAACACCAAUUAGGGGGCCGCCGCCCUUGUUCUGGCUUGUUCUCCACCUCAUAGAGUAGGGGGAUCCCUGACCUGCCCUGGCUCAUCUGAGAGCCCCCCACACUGAGUAGGGGGGUACCCACUCCCUGCCCUGGUUCAUCCUCAUCCUCAGCUGCCCCCAGGGCCCUCCUCCCACACUGAGUUGGAGUCCCCCCUCCUGCCCUGGCUCAUCCUCACCUUCACCUGCCCCUGGGGACCCCCCAAACUGAGGAGGGGGGUCCCUGCUCAUCCUCACCUGCCCCCAGGGACGCCCCCCACUGAGUAGGGAUCUCCCUCUUGUCACGGUUCAUUUUCACCCUCACCUGCCCCGGAGACCCCCCUAGGGCAGAGUAGGGGCGUCCCUGCACCUCUCCCAGCUCAUCCUCACCUUCACCCGCCCCCGGGGACCCCUCACUAAGUAGGGGGUCCCGGCUCAUCCUCACUCGUCCCCAGGGACCAGCCCCCCACCGAUUUGGGGAGUCCUCGCCCCCUCCUGCUGAUUCCCACCCCCCGUCCCGGCUCUGCCCUUUGCUGUCCCCAUCGCUGGUGGCUUCAGGCCAGGCUUCCCCAGUUGUUGCACUAAAAGCCCUGUCCCCCCUCCCCUGGGCAGCAGGACCCCCCCGGGGGGGCGGAGCUGGGGGUGCCCCGUGCCCAGCAGGUCUGGGGACACAGCACAGGGACAGCCCCAGCCCGGGGGUCACUGACCUGCCACCCCCCCACCUCCAGCUGCCCCAGUUCUCCCCUCUCUGGAGCAGGGAUGGGAACCCCCCCCAACGCCGGGAGCCCCCCUUAUACCACCGGAGGCGGGGGGGUCACCUCGUUUCUUACCAAAUAAAGCACCAAAACCAACCCACCGGGCCCGAGUCCUGCAAAGACGGGGGGGGGGCACAGAGGCAGAGCUAGGGGGACCCAGGGCAGGGCUGGGAGGGGGACAGAGCCCCCCCAGCCACAGUGGGGGAGUGACAGGGAGGGACAGAGCCCCUCCAGAGAUGCUGGGGUGGACACGUUGGUCCCCUCCCUGCACCAGUUGCUGUAGGUGGGGAAACCGAGGCACAAAGGGACACCAGGAAGCCUUGGGAACACCAAGAGAUGGGAACAGGGACACGGGGAACCUCCCCACCCCCCCAAAGGCAGUGGGGGCCGGCGGGUAUUGCCAGAAACAGUUUAUUUAUACAAGGACGAACAUCGGUGACAUCUUACAAAAUACUGAACCGAGACCCAGAGCGAGCGUGAGCUGGGGGGUGGGACUGACAGCAACCGAGGGGGGACACGGGGGGACACACGGGGGUGGAGGGGACACCAGCCCAAAGCAAGCCGGGCACACUGCUAGGGGGCCGACACCCCCUUCCCCCCAUCCCGGGGGCGUUUCCCCUUCUUGGGAUGGGGAUCUGGGACCCCCUCGCACCACCACCACACACGGGGUGUCCCCGACACGGGGGACACCCACACUGGGGUCCUCACAGUGACACCCCUCCCUUCCUCACCCUAAACCGGGGUACUUUCCCCCCCACCCAGGGUUAGGAGAGGCGACCAAGGACAUGCUCAUCCCUCUGUCCUAAUUUGGGGACCCCCCCAAAUUCCCCUCAUCCCCAAAAUAACUUAACCCACAACGUGCUGUCCCUGUCCCCACCCCUCCACCCCCCCAUUAAAAAAAUACUAUUAAAUAAUCCAUCUGUAAUAAAAUUAUAUCCCUUUUUAGGGGGGUGGUUGGGUAGUUUUCUCUCUUUUAAAGCUAAAAUUGCUCCGAGGCCCCUCUGGCUGGUGAUAAAACUGGAAAAUAAAGUGUUUUUUUCUCUUU